AUGAUUUACAGCAAAGGGAAGACUCCGCGGAGGCCUGGCCCAAAGAAGGCCAACACUGAGAAAGAUCCUGUCGGAGUAUACUGCCGAAUACGACCCCUUGGAGGGGAAGGGGAGGAAUGUUCUGUUGAGAUGAUUAGCAGCUCCACUAUCCAGCUGCAUCCUCCUAAUGGUCUAAAAGCCAACCGCAAUGGGGAAUAUAAAGAGACACAGUACACCUUUAAAAAAGUAUUUGGUAUUAACACCACUCAACUCGAGCUCUUUGAGGAUAUUGCCAAGCCACUGGUUGAAGACCUCAUUCACUGCAAGAAUGGUCUGCUGUUUACGUACGGUGUCACUGGAAGUGGUAAGACCUUCACCAUGACGGGCUCCCCUGGCGAAGGCGGGCUUCUCCCUCGUUCCCUGGACAUGCUCUUCAACAGCAUUGGGCCCUUUCAAGCCAAAAGAUUUGUCUUUAAACCAGAUGAUAAAAAUGGGAUGGAGAUCCAAAGUCAGGUUGAUGCUCUCUUGGAGAGACAGAAACGAGACAGCAGUCAGCAGUCUGUGUCCAAAACGCUAUCAUCCAGGCAGAAGACAGACCCAGAGUUUGCAGAUAUGAUCAGCUUGGAUGAGGCAUGUAAAUCUGAGAAUGUGGAUGAAGACUGUUGUUUCAGUGUCUUUGUGUCAUACAUUGAGAUCUACAACAACUACAUCUACGAUCUCCUUGAGGAUGCUCCGUUUGACCCUAUCAGGCAAAAGGUUCCUCAAUCCAAAAUUCUCCGUGAAGAUCAGAAUCAUAACAUGUAUGUGUCUGGCUGCACAGAGGUUGAAGUGAAAUCCACAGAAGAAGCCUUUGAAGUGUUUUGGAAAGGACAAAAGAAAAGGAGGAUAGCCAAUACUCAACUGAACCGCGAGUCCAGUCGGUCCCACAGUGUGUUCACCGUAAAGCUGGCCCAGGCUCCACUUGACGCUGAUGGAGACCACAUUCUACAGGACAAGAACCAGGUGAAUGUGAGCCAGCUGUGUUUGGUUGACCUGGCAGGAAGCGAACGGACCAGCAGAACCAAAGCAGAGGGAAGUCGCCUUCGUGAAGCAGGUAAUAUUAACCAGUCUUUAAUGACACUGCGAACAUGUAUGGAAGUCCUGCGUGAAAACCAGAUAUGUGGGACUAAUAAGAUGGUGCCGUACAGAGACUCUAAAGUUACACAUCUGUUUAAAAACUACUUUGACGGAGAAGGAAAAGUCAGGAUGAUUGUUUGUGUCAACCCAAAGGCCGAGGAUUACGAAGAAACCAUACUGGUGAUGCGGUUUGCAGAGAUGACCCAGGAAGUGGAGGUUGCACGGCCAGUUGACCGGCCAAUUUGUGGCCUUGCUGCAGGACGCCGACACAGAAACCAGGCCUUCAAAGAUGAGUUGUCCCGUCGUCUUGAGGAGCGUGGAGGUCCCAUCAACAGUGGUGACCCUCUUCUGCUGGAUGUGCUCACAGAAAGCCUUCCAGUGCUGCCACCUUGUGAGGUGGUGGACCCAGCUGAUGAUCAGACACUGCCCCGCUUGAUUGAGGUGCUGGAAAGGAGGCAUCAGAUCCGUCAGAUGAUGAUAGGACAGAUAGACAAAACUGCCAGUGCACUAAAGGCCAUGCUUCAGCAGUUUGACGGUCAGCUCAGUUCAAAGGAGAACUUCCUCCACGAACAACGUGACAAACUGAGUGAGAAGGACAAAGUCAUCGUCAACCAAAAGAUGGAGAUUGAACGGUUAGAGAAAAAAUCAAAAACUCUGGAAUACAAGAUCGAUAUCCUGCAAAAGACAACAGACAUGUACGAGCAGGACAAACGUUCACUUCACCAGGAACUAGAGAACCGGGAACAGAGGUUACACAAAGAGCUGUCGGAGAGGAGGCGCGUGGAGCAGCGCAUGCAAGGCAUUGUGACUGAUACCAAACUCAAGUGGGAAAAGGAAUGUGAGAGACGGGUAAAUGCCAAGCAGCUGGAGAUGCAAAACAAGUUAUGGGUGAAGGAUGAAAAACUGAAGCAGCUCAAAGCCAUAGUGACUGAGAGCAGCAGCAGCAGCAGCAGCGGUGGUGCUGGCUCUUCCAGUGGCCGUCCAGAAAGGCCCACAAGGGAGAGAGAUUGCAACAUGGGUCAGAAGAGGUCUGCCUCCCCAUCACUGCUUCCUGGCUUCAACCAAACUCCUGACCAGAAUCAAGCCAUUGUUAGGGCAGUUCAGCAACCUUACCCCUCCACCUCCUCCCCCAACACCCCCCCCUCUUCAGCUUACCCCUCUGUGGCCUCCUGCAUCUCUAAGUGGGAGCAGCGGCUCCCUGUAGACUCAGACAGUCAGGCCUCGGCCAGACAUCUGGGGACUCCCCUCAGGAGCCGGACCCCUGCCCCAUGUCACGACACCAGCAGCGUGGGCCGCAGGAGAGGUCGGCGCUGGGCCGCCGGCGCCGAGGCUCCUUCUACAGCUCUUGUUUAUGGACUAGACCUAGAGGCAGGCACAAGGACGGCCCUUCCAGUUCAUCCAAUGCACCGACGGUCACACUCAGCUGGUGGGGAGAAAUGGGUAGACCACAAACCACCUUCUAAUUUGGACCUAGACACUGUCAUGCAGCCAAUCAUACCCAAUGCAAUCAAGGUGUCGACCCCUAACGAGAAAGCUCUGUCAAAAUGCCACAAGUAUGUUCUUAGACACCAGGAGCUUGCCUCCGAUGGGGAAAUCGAGACCAGAUUAAUCAAGGGUAAUGUUUUUAAGACGAGGGCUGGGGGACAAGCGGUGCACUUCACUGACAUUGAGACACUAAAACAGCAGUGUCCGACGGCAGCGAGUCGCAAAAGACGAUCAGGGUCUGAGGAAGAAUCUGCUGAAAUGGACAACUUGGAAAACAUGGCUCCAGUUGCGAGCACGAGCUCAGGUUAUGGCUAUCAAAAGCGCCGUAAACCUUAAGUUGUUUUAACACAUGAAGAAUGUUAUCUGACCAUUGGACUGGUCAAAGGAAAGACCUGUAGAACAAUACAUCUUUUUGAGGAUUUCAGGAGUAUUUUUGUCAUGACCUUUUUUAUUAAAAAUCAUUAGCGUGCAAUGAAAAUGUAAUUAGAGCUGAUACAACACUGACUUAAACGGUUUGGACUUUUGAAUGCUGAGUUUUGGCUUCUGAAAGUUAUUUUUAAAACCCUAAUGAGUAUUUCAGUGUAAUUGUUUUAUUCUCAUGGCUGAUUUUUAGCU